AUGUCUUCGCACGUCGUGGUCAUCGCCACGGAUCUGAGACGCACAACCGUCAAGGUCAACCCCGGCACCUACCUGUCAGAUGUUCUCCAAGAAGCUUGCAAGAAGCUCAGCCUGGACAGCGACAAGUACCUGAUAAAACACAAGCAGAAACAGGUCGACCUCUCUGUGCCCUUCCGCACCUCUGGCCUCAUCGCCGGCGCCAAACUGGAGCUCGUGCUAAAGUCAAAGACGCCCUCCGCGGUGCAAAUCGCCCUGCAGAUCCCCCAGCCCGAAGCCAAGGAAAUCACCGGCGGCCGAUUGAUCAAAAAGUUCCCCUCCGACUUGUCAAUAUGGCAGGUGCUGCGACAAUUUGAGAGCGGCGAGGCGAGCGCGGGCAAGAACAUCAACAUCACAGCCAGAGGCGUGGCUCAGACGGUCGACGCCAAGAGCUCUGGCGCCGGCCAGCUGUAUUAUGAAACGCCGGUUUUGAACAUCAUGGGGAGGGAGCUUGGGUCGUUUGCCGACUUUCAGAAGACGCUGUCGCAGCUGGGUCACAACUCUGGCAACGUCCUGAUACGGCUGACGUUUAGGCGGACUGACCAGACGCUAUACGAGGCGAUGGAGCAGAUUGGCGUAUUUUUCAAGGAAGAGGAGAAGAAGAAGGAGGAAGAGAAGGAGAAUGCGGCUUCAGGCACUCUAGAGGACAAGCCGAAGAACCCAUCAGCAAAUGAAGAUGUACCCAUGGCCGAAGCACCGGCAGAGCCUGUGAGCAAUACGGCUCAAGUCCAAGAACCAGACCACGCGGCUCCUCAAGUCGCACAAGAUGCAACCGUAUCAUCAUCACCACUACAAUCAGAUGCACAUCAAGCACUGCCCGAAGCUAAUAAUUCGGACCCCCAGUCACGCCUUCAACCAGUUCAUGUGUUCCUCGCUCCUACAAAUUCGACUCCUGCCGCUGCUCUUGUCCCAGCUGAGGACAGUGAUUUCACACCGACCGUCGCACAUGCCCAGCUGCAUCAAGCCCGCUUGUUGGAGAGCUCUCGCAACAAGCGGCUCCUAUCUGAUAAAGAAAUUGAGGAAAAGGAGGCAGCCGAGCAAGCCAAGAUUGCCGCCGUCAAGUCUGUGCUCAUCAAGGUGCGGUUCCCAGACAAUACUAGCAGUGAUUGGGAAAUUGGCCCGUCAGAUACUGGUGCCUUUUUGUAUCAAGCUGUGCGGCACGUCAUGGCUAGCAACGAGCAAUCUUUCCAUCUUGUUAUUCCCGGUAGCAAGACGGUGAUCAAGGACGACGAUACCCCCAAGCACAACCUGAUUCGGGCUUAUAAGCUCUCUGGCAGGGUGCUUGUCAGUCUAGUGUGGAAUGAUGGUGUGCCGGCUGACAUUCGAAAACGGCCGUUUCUCAAGGCCAACUUUGCCCAGCAGGGUCAGGCCAUCAAGGUGCCUGAGAUACCGACGGUUGAGGAUGAUAAAGCCGGGUCAUCGGCGAGACCGCAGGUUCAACAGGCGCCGACGAAUAGAGAUGGAGGAGAGGGUUCCGGCAAGAAAAUGCCAAAGUGGUUUAAACUUGGAAAGAAAUGAUCAACCGACAGCGAGCAAUAAAGUACCUUGGUCUUUUUUUUUUUACACAUCCAGAAAGGAUGUACAACAGAAUAGCGUAAUGUAUAUAUCACGGGCAAUUUUACAGUAAAGACACAGGAAUGAAUGUUGUAUACUCAAGACAACAGGUAGCACAAUCUUCUUAACACAU